ACUUUAGAGGGGAACAGCAAGUACCGCUGGUAGUACCAAAAUUCACGUUUCGAGUUUAGUUUUUAAUUUUCGCUCCGCUGUGAGCACGCGUUUUAAAAAACAUCUUUUUUCUAACCUAAAAACAGUUAAUCAACAGGUAGCUAUGUCGUGCAGUUUACCUUCAAAGCAAGGAGACAUUGGUCUCAUAGGCUUGGCCGUUAUGGGCCAAAACUUAAUUUUGAACAUGGCAGAUCAUGGCUUCACCGUUGUUGCAUUUAAUAGAACAGUUGAAAAGGUACAUCAAUUCUUAGCCAAUGAAGCCAAAGGAAAAAGUAUUAUUGGGGCUCUAUCAAUAGCAGACUUGGCCUGUAAAUUGAAGAAACCUAGAAGAGUUGUAUUAUUAGUUAAGGCAGGAUCAGCUGUAGACAGUUUUAUUGAUCAACUUUUACCACACUUAGAAAAAGGUGAUAUCAUCAUUGAUGGUGGAAACUCAGAGUAUCAAGAUUCUGAAAGGAGAUGUAAAGCUUUACAGGAAAAAGGCAUCAGAUUUGUUGGAUCUGGUGUAUCUGGAGGUGAAGAGGGUGCCAGGUAUGGCCCUAGUUUGAUGCCAGGUGGUAACAAGGAAGCUUGGCCUUUUAUUAAAGAUAUAUUCCAAGGUAUAUCUGCUAAAGCUGAUGGGCAACCAUGUUGUGAAUGGGUUGGUAGUGAUGGUGCUGGACACUUUGUAAAAAUGGUACACAAUGGAAUUGAAUAUGGUGACAUGCAACUUAUUGGAGAGGUUUAUCAUUUAAUGCUAGCAUUAGGUGUAUCUCAGGAUGAGAUGGCGAAUACUUUUGAAGAAUGGAACAAAGGGGAACUAGAUAGUUUCUUAAUUGAGAUAACCAAAGAUAUUUUGAGGUACAAGGAUUCUGAUGGCCAGUACCUUCUUCCAAAAAUUAGAGAUACUGCUGGACAAAAGGGUACAGGAAAAUGGACAGCUAUUGCCGCCCUCAACUAUGGCGUUCCAGUCACCCUAAUUGGUGAGGCUGUGUUCAGUAGGUGUUUGUCAGCUUUGAAGGCUGAAAGGCAGAAGGCUAGCUCUGUUUUGCCAGGCCCUAAUGGUAAAUUCAGUGGAGAUAAAAGAAAAUUUUUACAAGACCUAAGUCAGGCGUUGUAUGCCAGCAAAAUUGUCUCUUAUGCACAAGGUUUUAUGCUGCUACGUGAGGCAGCUCAAGUACACAACUGGGAUUUGGAUUAUGGUUCCAUAGCCCUUAUGUGGAGAGGCGGCUGCAUCAUCCGUUCAGUUUUCUUGGGCCAGAUCAAAAAAGCGUUCGACGCAGACAAAAACCUGCGAUCGCUUCUGCUAGCGCCGUUCUUCAUAGAUGCCAUUAACAAGGCACAAUCUGGUUGGAGGAAUGUUGUUUCUACCGCCGUGACAUUAGGUAUUCCAACUCCAGCUCUAUCCACCGCCUUAGCCUUCUACGACGGAUACAGAUCAGAACGUCUGCCCGCUAACCUACUCCAAGCACAGAGAGACUACUUUGGAGCACACACUUACGAACUAUUGGGACAAGAGGGCAAAUUCGUACACACCAACUGGACCGGACACGGCGGAAACGUUUCGGCAUCUACUUACGACGCGUAGAGACACGCGCACAAGUUCUUGUUUCGUUAUGUUUCUAAUGUUUAUAUUUAUAUGUUGAAUGAGGUGGGUAUAUGUUGACAGCUAAAUGAAAUAUAUUUUUAAGACGAA